CACAACGUAUUAUUUUGUUCACCACUUAUGCUUAUUGAUUGUUGCAUGAUAAAUGAUAAUGCUUUUGAUAAACGGUAGAUUCCCACUCAACUCCACCAUUUCUGUCGCGAUGGUACAGACCAGAUACUCCGUUCCGGCCUUCACUGAGCCUACUCUGUCGGGAGAUAAUGGAAAUGGGCCUCCUUUUAAACUCGAAGACUUGGAAAAGGUCAAGAUGUACCCCGAGCUCAAACAUUACAGAUUAGAAGAAAGCUACAAAGUUAGCCAAGAUACGAGGAAAAUAUCUAUACCACUCCGCACAACGGAAGGAAUCAGGCCAUUCAGUCCUGGUCGCCUCAGUGACAUGGCCAGACCAGUUACAGCACCUGUUGGACCUGUCCGGCCUAUCGACUUGUACAGAUCACGACACGAAUUCCAGGAUAGAGAUUCUGAAGGAAAACCUCGCCAAAUUGACUUGAGGUUGUCCAUGGCCAGGGAGACGUUCAAGCCCCGCCUCCCCCCAGAGCCUACUCAUGUGUGUCGUAGUGACUUCCCUGAGGGCAUCUGCGGUAAACCCCAAAACAUUAUCAUCAGAUCUUUAGAGAAACGGGCCAAAAGGGAGUCCCUCAACUAUUCAACGACCCAACGGAAGAUAAACCUCGAUAGCAAGGAGUGUAGUAUUAACUACCCAAUACCGCUGAAAAUAUUCGGAAAUUGCAAACCUAUCGUACUCAGGACUUGGGAAAGGCCAUCCUCUGGUUGGACACCAAGACAGAGAGCCCAAUCUGCUCCUCCAUACUCGCGUCCUGGUCCAGUGAUGACUCCUUUAGGAUCCCAAGUGGCACUUAGCGAGUUCACAGAGCCAACAAUAAGUGAGUCUGAGAUAUACGACUCGACACUUCAGCCUAAUUACGAGUGCGAGUGCUAUGUUUUGGACGAGCCUGAUGAGGAGUUAAGAGUAAACGAAGGUACAUCAGAGCGGCUAGCACUUUCUCACUACCUCCACAUAGUUGGGGAACUAGAGAGCAGUGUCACCUACACCGAGCUAGCUCAACAUCUCAGCUCCUUUACACCUGGUAGACAGUUAAACAUUGUGGAGAUUGAGGGCAUCAGAGAUCUUCUAGAUGAUUCCAGUGAGAUGAAAGUUCUUGCGGCGCUCUGCAUCUUAGAAAGGUUGUCCACAAAGAAAGAGUUGGGUGAAAUGAUGAUAAAAGAAUUCUUCAUGUUAGUGUUAAGGAAGUGGGUGGCACUUAUUAACAGUGACGACUGCCCGAGUAAACUUCUCAAUCCCAUCAUCAACUUUAUUGAAAACGUGACACACUCCACACACCACGACUACUGGUUGGACGAUGUGUACAAGGAGCAAAUAGUGGAGCAGACUACCGCAAAGAUGACGUUUGAUGGCACCAGGGCACGAUGCUGCACUCUGCUGCUCCGGGUCUUCAGUGACUCUCCCUGCUGUGCUAAUAUUCUCGCUAAUACAGCUCUGCCUGAGUGCAUGAUGCUGCCUCAGGUAAAGCAGACGUAUUGGGAUGACAGCGAAGAAGCACUAUAUCUAGACGAAGACAUCUUCCUCCAGGAGGAAAUCCUCAAAAUCUUCUGCAACAUCGCCCAUUCCUCGAGCUUCGGACGGAAGGUCCUCAUCUGCCACGCUGUCAUAGAAACAAUAUCACGAGUCCUGGUGUUCGCCACGUGUCCAGUGCAGUACCAAGCAGCACUGCUGUGUUCCGCGAUAUGUGCUGACGUCACAGGGGUAGAUCACGUGACCAGCAAACUAACCAACGAGAGGGCAGAUGAGGCGACCUGUGUUAGACACCUGGCUAACCUCUUCACUCACUCAAAAUGUUUGAAAGUGAAAGCGGCCUCUGGAGCUGCUCUGUUAAGGCUGUUCAGCACCCAGAACCGUAGUCUGGCUCACCGAGGUCUGAAGAUGGUACAUGAUGUAGUGUUCCCUAAAACUAAACCUCAGCUCUCCAAACGACCCAAAACAGCUCCACCUAGAACUGUACCUGAACGGGCUGUUAAUAAGACGGAUAUCAAGGACAUGCUUCAGAAAUACAUGGAACUGUGUACGUCGAAAGGUGCGUUCGCUGAUCCUAGAUAUUUCAGAUGUAGACUCAUGGCGCUCGAAGCGGUUUACACUCUUCUUCAUUUCCCCCUAAAGAAAGAAGGGCGCUCAAUUCCCUUUCAUGCUGAUCUGGCUAAAUCAUUCUUUGCUUUCACUGGCAGCAGACUCUUCCGGGACUUGAAGAAAAUUGCAGAAAAACACCGCUACGUGAAAAUAUUACAAGACAAGAUCCAGAAGAUCCAGAUAAACCUGAUCAAGAAAACAAAACGUAACGUGAUGGUCUCCCAGAUCUUGGACAGGCAACUUCAAGAAAUAGAAAGUGAUAACUCUGUCUUGAAGAUUCCAGGCAGAGACUUUGAGAUGGCCCGAAACGAACUGGUGUACUGUGAAACUGUCAUCAAGAUACUCAGUUUAAUGCUAACGACUGUGAGCAGUAGUCUCAACUUACAGACUCUCGAUAGUGGAUCUCUUCUCGACUCUACUAGGAGAUACAACUCACAGUACACCACCCUCCAAGACUCGCUCUACAACAAGUAUGCUCUGAGUGUACUGCCUGGCCGAGUUAACAGUCCCUCAAAACCCGCUGUGGGAGACAACUCAGAACAACAUCUAGCUUUGGUUAGGAGACUUCUCACCUUCCAAGUGGUGGAGACGUUAGUGCCGUGGCUUUAUUGUGUAUAUCCUCCUAUCACCGAGAAGGUGGUAAGAUGUCUGUCCUCACUGUUUACAUUCAGUUCAGUACACUCCCUCACUCUACAUUGCGACACUGCAGACAAGGAGGAACCUUUUAACGUCCCUGACUUCCUUAACCUCCAACCCUCCGAUGUUGCUCAAUAUAUGAAGAGUACAAGCGUCACCCCAAAACAUAUCAGUAACAGGGACAGUCGGCCAGUUCGCUUCACAGAGCCGCCUCGAACAGCAGAAAGUAAUCACGGUAGAAUAGUACGACCACCUGUUAUAACGAUUCCAGUAGCAGGGGUUGUGAAACCAGUUGUAGUUGUUGAGCAGUGUACACAUCAUAUAGGACACUUGUGCUCAGGAGUUCUCACACAAAACCUACUGAUUUGCAACAAUCACACGGUCUCCCGUCUUACUGCUCAACUGCUGAGAGACAUCGCCAAGUCAGUUACUAGGGAACAGCUGCUGUGCAUGGUAGACGAUUAUCUGCUAGAAAAGCUGACGGAGUAUAUCAUUUUGUGUAAUGGUGAUGAGGAGAGAAUAUUUGUUGCCCUGGAUAUUCUAGAAACGCUGAUUGAGUUCCAGCCUACGUUAGGAAAGUUAUACAACACGGUGGGCGGCUUGAACACCCUAGUGGCUAAACUCCUUGGAGCGGCUUCUGAGCAGCUCAAGCAAAAACUAUUGAAGAUAAUCAAUAGCCUCCCAAACGAUGAUCGCUGGUGUCAAGCUAACAAAGUGGAUUGCGUCAGUGACUGCAAGCAUAUUGAUGUCUGGCAUAAGGUAACGAGCAAAUGGGAAAACCAAGACAACGUCAGCAAGUUAAUGUCAGUGGAACUCUAGCAAUAGCUCCUCUAGUACCACCUAGUAAUCUAGUCGUUAUACCACCAACAACUGUGUCUUGUUAAACUUAAUACUACCACUUCUGUUGGUUGAAUUGAUGAAAUAAGUCUGAUGGACAGGUUAAGAAUUAUGAUUAUUGUCCUACUCCUAGUAUGGGCUGAAAAUUGUAUAUCGUGCCUCAUUGGACUAAAUGAAGAGAUUUACUUAUUUCUAAUGGAGAAUAUUAUAAUGAUUGCAAGAAGAUAAUUUAUCGGAUUAUAAUUUAAAACCAUGAAUGGUAGUAUAGACUAGCAUCAACAAUGGAUUGUAAAUUUAUUUUAAAUUCAGUGUUAUUUGUACUAUCUUACUAUUAUGCGGACCGUGGAAAGUUCUUCCUGUUUCUUUUACUGACUUCCAGAUACACCGUCAGUUUGAACAGAACCCAGAACUACAAAUCACAUAGUUAUAAAUAGGAAUUUAUUUAAAGAAAGUUUAACAUUUUGCUCCCUCCAACAUCACCACUCUAAGUCAAGCACGUUCAAUUUGCGACAAGACUGUAUCAUAGUUAUACUCUAAUAUAUUCUCUAGUCAUUUUCAUAUCAUGAUGAUUAUUUAAUCUUUAACAAUAUAUCUGUUCAUAUAUGGUAUUGUUUAGUUCUAUAUGUAAUACUCAAGAUUUGAUACGAAUUCAAUGUAAAUGUUAAAACAAA